AUGAAUGAACUCAGUGUGACGCUGUCCUCUGCUGGACAGAGGACACAUUACAACCUGCUCAACACUGAUUGUCAUUCAGUGAGGACGUCCCAGCUGGGUCUCAUCCUCAUCCCUGUGCUGGUUCCAUCACCUGUCCCGUCCCUCAGUCUCACAGUCCUUCAUCCUGGUCCUGUCCUCAGAGCGAGACUCAUCCAGAACCUGCUGGACGCACAGACCUGGACCAUCAGGACUGACCUGCUUCUCCCAGUUUGGACCAGUUCAGCUGAGUUUUCCCAGGAUGUGGAUGUUGCUGGUGAUCUUCGGGCUGCUGGACCUGGACCAGGCCGUCCCUGUAAGACUGAUCUCCAUCGAACACCUGAUCGGUUUAUUGAUCGGAGCUGUGACGGGUCCGUGACUCUGAGGUGUGUGUUGUGUUCACAGUCACCAGGUGAACGUGGGAGAAGCCUCCGGCUCGUUCUCCAGCACCAGGUGGACCAGACGACGCCCUCUGCCGUCACUGAUGUCACCCGACAGAAAACAUCCUCCUCAUCUUCGUCUUCAUCAUCAGUUUCCUCGGAGUCAAGCCAGAGUUCAGAGGGUCCUCAACAGGUGAGAGAACGACAGAACCUGGAGAACACGGCUGUGGAGCACAUGGACUCAUCCCAGGAGACCUCAGAGAUCCUCCAGUCUCCCAGUAACAGCAGCACCAGUCUGUGGCUGAAUGAACUGGUUUCACUGGGAGUGGAGAGCAGAGAGCGCCGACACAGGGUUCAGCUGCUGACCUCUCACCUCAUGAGUCGACCUCAAACCAGAGAAACCAGUCCAACAACAGAAGUGGGCGGGACCACCACAUACAGAGACGGGGCCAUUCAGACAACUGGCGGGGAUCUGGGAGUAGAGGGCGGGGCCAGAGGAGCAGAGGUGGACUCUGAGUCACCCCGACUGUUGGACGACAGCAGGGAGCGCGAGGAUGUGCCAGACCACACCCACCACCAUGGUUACCAUAGAGAUGAGGAGGGGCUUGAGCUGGGUCUGUAACUGUGGUCACACCCCCGUACUGUUGAGCACUAUCAAUUAUUAAUCAAUCAAUCAAUCAUCUGAUUUAUAACUGAUCAUCAUCAUCACUGUUUGUAUCAAUCGUAACAGUAGUUGUAGUAAUCGUAGUAUUCUGUAGCUGACAUCUACAUCCACGUCCUCCGUCUCUCACGUUCUGAUCUUUUGUCCAAACUGAAGCAGCUGAUUGGUUCGUCAGACUCUGAGCUGUGACACAUUCAUGUUUAUUCUGUUUAAUAAAGUUUAA